CAGCGGCGGAGCCGAGCGGAGCGGUGCGGUGCAGGAGCGGUGCAGGAGCGGAGCAGCGGGCGCUGCCGGUGCCGGUCCCCCCCGGGGCGCGCAGAAUCUUCUCGUCUGUCCCCAGAGCGAGGGGAGAUGACAUCCCGGCUCCUCUGAACUGGCAGCAGCCGGGGACCAGCAGAGCCAUGGAGCUAGAAUACGAGCUGCCCAAUGCCACCGCGUUCUGGUUCUCCCCGGCUUCCCCCUUCGACAACUUCUCAGUGGAGGCGCCCACCAACGCAUCGCAGAACGCCACAGGCCACCACUUCGACCUGACCAGCAAUGCCAUCCUCACCUUCAUCUACUUCGUGGUCUGCAUCAUAGGGCUGUGCGGGAACACACUGGUGAUAUACGUCAUCCUUCGCUAUGCCAAGAUGAAGACCAUCACCAACAUCUACAUCCUCAACCUGGCCAUCGCGGAUGAGCUGUUCAUGCUGGGGCUGCCCUUCCUGGCCAUGCAGGUGGCCCUGGUGCACUGGCCCUUUGGCAAAGCCCUCUGCAGAAUUGUCAUGACAGUGGAUGGGAUCAACCAGUUCACCAGUAUCUUCUGCUUGACGGUCAUGAGCAUUGACCGGUACCUUGCUGUGGUCCAUCCCAUUAAAUCUGCCAAGUGGAGGCGGCCCAGGACAGCCAAAAUGAUCAACAUGGCCGUUUGGGGCAUCUCGCUGUUGGUGAUCAUGCCCAUCAUGAUUUAUGCUGGGGUGCAGCAUAACCACGGCAGGAGUAGCUGCACCAUCAUCUGGCCAGGAGAGUCGGGUGCCUGGUACACGGGCUUCAUCAUCUACGCCUUCAUCCUGGGCUUCCUGGUGCCUCUCACCAUUAUCUGCCUUUGCUACUUGUUCAUCAUCAUCAAAGUCAAGUCCUCGGGCAUCAGAGUGGGCUCCUCCAAGAGGAAAAAGUCUGAGAAGAAAGUGACCAGGAUGGUGUCCAUCGUGGUCGCUGUCUUCAUCUUCUGCUGGCUCCCUUUCUACAUCUUCAACGUCUCCUCAGUCUCCGUCCUGAUCGUGCCCACGCCUGUCCUCAAGGGCAUGUUUGACUUCGUGGUGGUCCUCAGUUAUGCCAAUAGCUGUGCCAACCCCAUCCUUUAUGCCUUCUUGUCUGACAACUUCAAGAAGAGCUUCCAGAACGUCCUCUGCCUGGUGAAGGUCAGCGGCAUGGACGAGGCGGACCGGAGCGACAGCAAGCAGGACAAAUCCAGGCUCAACGAGACCACAGAAACCCAAAGGACCCUGCUCAACGGUGACCUGCAGACAAGCAUCUGAGGGGACAGCGGCGUUGUCCUUCCUUCGCUCUCCUCUCGCCCGCUGCAGCGGGGUGGUGGCACAUACGGAGUCAGGGCAGGAGCGCCGGCUGAGGGAUGGCAGCACACACCGGUGGCCAUCGGGGGUCCCCACCAGGGCUCCUCCUGAGCUGCUGGUGCUUGGCCUUUGAGCAUGGGGAAGGAAAUGGUUCGAGAGGAGCUGCCUCACCAGGAAAACAAAGACAACUUAUAGCACUGCGACGUGUUUCAACACCAAAGUGCCACCGGGGUGGCUCUGCUGGCUCCCCCGGUGGUACCCUCGGGGCUGGUUGGCUUUGGGUGCUCUGCCCCGGAAUGGGUGCUCACAUGUGGACGCACACACGUGCAGCGGGGUGACCUCAGGAGGAGCCGAGGCCACGGGUGCGUGCUGACACCGUCUUAUAGCAAAGACCUGGCGGGAGCUCCCCGGAGAGCGACCCUGCUCCAGGAGACAAGGAUACUUGGGGUUGUGUUUUACCUGGCUUCUAAGUUACUCCAUGGCCUCCCCUGAAGGUCUCUGCUGCUGUUUGACUGCAUCGUCUGCAACAGCCGCCCUGCCUGGAGGUGACAGACCAGGACAGGGAUGCCUGCCCCACAGGAAGCAGCUCUGCCACCCCGGCAGCCCCUCUGGUCCCACCACGCUCCUGCCCUGCAUCCUCCAUCCCCGCUGCAGGAGAGCCCCUUCCUCCUCCCGCCCUGACAUCACCUGCCCACAAGUUUUCUCCUCGGAUGGAGGAAUUCCCCCUUCUCCCUCCUCAGCAGCAUCAGCCCCACGCCAGCAGCUGGGAUCUCUGCUCUUCCCGCUGGAUGAGCAGCCACGGCACCAUCACCUGCACUGGUCCCUGCUGGGAAGCCUUGGAAGUGACACGCCAGCUGUUUGGAGCAUGGGCUGUGGGUGAGAUCUGGGCUUGUCCUGCCCCAGCCAUGGCUCCAAGGAUCGCUGGGGCUGCCAGACACUUGGAAUGUGGUGAGCGGCUGCUCUGCUCCUGCCAGGCAAGUCACACUGGAGGAAGGGGAGAUGGAGAGGAUGGGGGACAGGAGGUGGGGGGUGCUGGGGACUUGGUCCCAACCCUUGUCUGAGCAGAAGGGACCAGACAGAGCAGAGGAUAGGGCUUCCAGCACCGAGGCAUGAGGAAGAGCAGGGCAGCACGUGUCCAGACCCCAUCCAUCUCCUAUGGGAAAGGGGGGCACAGGGUGCAGUCCACAGCAUGAGGGGUGGAGGGUCUGACCAAGCUUCCACUGCAUUGAGCUUCUCAAGACCACCCUGGAGCACUCGGCUCUGGCCCUGUCCACCCCUCCAGCUCAGUGCAAGCCCAGGGCUCCUGCUCCAGCAAAGCCACCCUCCUUGGCCAGCGCAGCGGGAGCAGGAGGGAAAGCCCAGGGGAGUGGGACAAGUGCUGUCUUCCUGCCGGAGCCCCCGGAGCGGAUUCUGUGCCAGAGGCCAGGCUGUGUUCACAGGCUCCUGCUCCAGAGCCGAGCCGUGGGAACGCAGCAGUUUAGGUGGAGGAAUCAGCCGGGUCCCACUCACCCUCCCCUUUCCCACCCCACACUGGAGCCCCCACAGCAGCCCCAUGGCCAGCAGAUGUGGAGCCUUCACCUCACACUACAAGUGAGGAUGAUCAUUGCCCACAAGGUGCUGCCUGUUUUGGGGUACCACUAUGCUCAGCGACGUACCCACAGUUGAUGCUCUGAGAGCAUCAGCUCUGGGAGAUGUUCUUCCAUGGCUCUACCUGGCUCCUGCAGUGAGUCCCUGCCCAGAGCAUCACACAUCGUGCUGUGCCCCCCAGCAAUCCAAAAAGGGCUCAAUGCCUGCUCCCAGCACAGGCAGCACCAGGGACGCAGCGCAGGGACUUUCUGCAGAGCAAACCAGAGUGCUGUCAGCGUUUAUUUGCUUUUAACUCUUUACUGCUCCUCUGAGGAACAGGGAGUCUGCAUCUGAGUGCCCAGAGGCACCGCGUGAGCUCAGCACUGAGCGGGCACCCGCUGUCCCUGCCUGCGCUGUGCUAAGGGAAGUAAAGCCAAAGCCAGGCUUGAGGCAGCACAAGCUGCCCUGCUGGUGCUGCGGACAUAAAAGCAUGAGCAGUGGAUCACCCCACGGUGAGGUACUGGAUGGUGAUGGACAGGCCUGGUGCAGCCAGAGCCCUCUGUUAGGAUGAGGUUUUCGUGUUGUAGCUGCAGCGAUGCGUCAGCCCAGCUCUGGGUAUUUCAUAUUUGGUGGGUGGAGAAGGAGGUAUUUGUGUGGCAAACAGGGAGGUGAUGGGAAGGGGGUGCACUGAGCCCCCUGCCCCUCGUGGGAGCUGAUGUUCACACCCCAGCACUCACCUGCAGUGACCAGCUUUGCCCUGUGCAAGCUCUGCCACCACCGCCCCAACUGAUGGCAGAGGGAGCCUCCAGCAGGAGCAUCUCCUCUCUGUGCUGCUUUAACGUGGAAGAUAUGGAAAGCCUGGCUUUCCAGCCCUGGGAAGGACCCGUGCCCAGCACAGCGUGUGCCUGGAUCAGCUUUGUCCUGGCAGAACCCCCCAGGCAGUGACAUUUCUGGCAGCUCAGAGCUCUGCAAGGGGGCUGUGACAUGAAAUACCCCGUUCCCCCUCCUUGCACCCAGGGGGUCUCUUGUGCUGGGGAUAAUGGGUGAGGAGCAAGGAGCACAAGGGCUGUCACUGGCAUCCCAGAGGCCACCGAGGUGGGAUGCUGCAGAGAAGGAACAAAAGGUGGCUCUGGGGGGCUGUCAGGGCCCCCCAUGGCCACCCUGCCACAGCUCACCCCAGGGAAGGAGCGAGCAGUGGAAGGAGCAGCAGGAGCGCAGCGCUCACCAUAAACCCAGCAAAAUAAAACCCGCUGCUGGUUCAUUGCUGACUAAUAAACAGCAGCCCCGCUGCUGCUGCGUGCGAGUAACAGAGUUUUCCUUCCCAGCCACUUGAUUUUAGUGGGAACUUGACCUCAAAUUGGAUCUGCUCUGAAAAGCCUCGCAGGGCUGCUGGCGGCGCGGGGACAAACCUCUCCCGGUUAUCGCAGUGACCGGGCUGAGCCUGCGAGUGCUGGAGCGGCUCCGCUGCCACCUCGCACACACACACACAGUGUCCCCGGGCAGCAGAGAUUCAUUACAGCGCCCGCCCACCCGGCUGGAGCAGCGGGAGCAGAUUGAGCACGGCUCGGAGGCGUUGGGAAGCGCAGCGCUGAGCGUUCCGCGCAGCAUCCCGCUGCGCCGGGAGCACGGACCUGCCGCCGCGCUCCCAGGGCACGGCUGGGGCUGGUGGCUUUGCUGCGGGGCUGGAGGCGCGAUGGGGCUGUCACCAGGGGGGGUUUGCUGUGGGUCUGCGAGUCCCGGGACCUGCGUGGUCCCCCUAUAGCUCAUGAGAAGACAAUUGCCCUUCCCAGCCCCACCACUGGGCAGACGAGCAGCACCAGCAAAGCCAAGGGGCUCUACAGCUCUCCUGAGCCCCCCCGGAUUGCCCUGCAUGGAGGCAUCCUUGCUGUCUCCUCUUCCUCAGCCCUCAGGGGCUGGAGCACAAAGCCUGGUGCUGUGGCUGGGCUGAGCAUCACCCCAGGCAAUGCUUCCAACCGUGCCCUCCUGGUGCUCAGUAGCCAAACCCCACUCUGCUGGGCAGGGUUUGGACGCGGAGCCUCCCUGUUGCAUCUCUCAGCUCAUCACAUCAGCACUAAAGCCACCCUGGACUUAUUUACACGAAUGAUCUCCUAAUGAACCGCGCUGUCGCGUCUCUGGAGGGUUUCCCAAGCCUUUGUCCUGAUGGGAAGAGCCUUGCCUUGAUGGAGACUCCAUGGAGAGGUCCCUUCCCUCCCAGACCUGCACUGAUGACUGCAUUGACGGGCAGCAGUGCAGCCCCCACCAGCUCCAUCCCCUGCAACGAGAGCUCUGGAUCCGUGACGCUGCUUUAGAGCAGGGCUCGACUCUCCCAUCUCGGAGGGUUCUUCCAGCCCUUGCUGUGAACAAGCUGACUCCAAGCUGCUCAGGGGGUCUCCAUCCCCUCUGCACCGGCCGCACACCCUGCCCAGGGCUGCUCAAAGGGGGAAUCAGUCACCAACAAAGCACAAGCAAAGGACACAGACCCCCAGAUCGACCUUCCUGCUUCCGAGUCUGAAACAAGAGCUGCUGCUUCCCAAUCCCAGGACACCUCUGCCUUUCCCUGCCAGCCUCUGCCCCCACAGCCUCGUACACAUGUAUCCUGCGGGAUUUCAGCCCUCUCCCUGCUUGCUCCAGGACCUGCACUGCAAAACGCCAGGAGAGGAGGGCUGAGAUUUGGGGGAAUCUGCUUCAAGCCACAUCCUGACCAGGAAACAAGGAGGGAUACGAAGCCCGGGCACUGCAGCCAUCCCACCCCACACUGCACAGCCACCACGAGAGGAGGGCUGGCUCUUGUACAUAGCUGUAUAUACCGGACACGCCAGCAAAGGGACUUAUUAUACUGACACCGUAGAGACAUUCGGCAGCCCCUGUUCUGCUGUGGCUGCUGGAGCAGCCCUUCCCUAUACCCCCAGGCUCUCAGGGGGCUGCCCCUCGCCCUCCCCACAUGCCGUGGGGCUGGUGGCACCGUGCACGAGCCAGAAGGAACCACAGAGGCUGCUCCCACCUCGACAAGUGACUUGUGCAGGGCAAGGGAAGGUGAGGUUUAGCCUGUCCAAAACACAAGGGCCCAUCCCUGCCAAGCCAGCCCACCCCCAGCACCGUGCUGCCCACCCCCUGUACAUACGCCCCCCCCCCGCCUGUUGCUGUGCUCUGUGUUGUGUGCGUGGGUCUGCUCUACACCCCUUUUGACCAGGGCGCACCAAGUGUUCCUCUGCUUUACGUCUUGCUUCCCUCCAUAGCAGUUGUGUCCCGGUGUGUGCCGCAGGGAGGGAGCUGUGGAUGGGCUGGGAGGGAAAUAAACCAGUUUUCCUA